CGUCUGACGGAAGAUUCAGGAAAACGAAGCUACGGACGAACACACACACACACACACACACACACACAGAGAGAGAGAGAGAGAGAGAGAGAGAGAGAGAGAGAGAGAGAGAGAGAGAGAGAGAGAGAGAGAGAAUGAGCGUGGCUAUGGCGUCGGCGGAGUCGAACGCACGACUUCGACCGCGUGCGCACAAAUCGCGCCACGUGUUCGAUCAGCAGAGGAGGAGGGAGUUAGCCUUGGAGAGGCAGAAGACUGCUCGGCGCGAUUUGCAAGCGCUCGUCCGACGGCUUGCUUCGUUGGAGCCUUCUCUCCACGGCGAAGAGCGCCACGUGGAUGAACGCCACGUGCAGGAAUGCCACGUGGACAGCGUGGCAGUGACAAAUCACGUGGGUAAUGAAGUUGGUCAGAUUGAAGUGGGUUUGUCUGUCCAGGUGGAGGAGAAGGCGAUCCCGAUGGAGGAAGUCAUGCCCGAGGGUCGUGAGAGUGAUAGAAGGGAGGACGGAGGAGGAGGAGGAGGAGGAGGAGGAGGAGGAGAAGGAGAGGGAGGAGAGGAAGGAGAGGAAGGAGAGGAAGGAGAGGAAGGACAAUUGCGAUGGGGACGAGGAAUUCAGCUCGCCGCCUCCACGCACCCGGGAGCAGAUGGAGCUCCAACAAGUAGAGAGGAUUCGCUGAGGCUAGAGGAGGAACUUAGGCAGGCUACUAAAUGGGAGAAAGAGAUUAGAGACAGGAGUGUCAGACUAGAGGGUAGGGAGGUAGACAAGGCAGCACUAGAGGGGUUAGAUGACUCGACCCUUAGCAAUAAUGAAAAAAUUCUUAAGGCGAGCAUCCUGUCCAUGCACGCAUACAUGGACAGUAAACUGGAUACCAUCCAGGACACCUUGGACCAGAUCCUGAACUCCAUGCACAGUCCAGGAAUCAGGCCAACAGUCUUGCCAUCGCUGCCAUUCUCAGCGACGACAGACCCUUAUGCCUAUCAGUCCGGACCACCACCAAGUGGUACAUUAGUAGCAGCCCUAUCUCAGACUGUUGCUUCUUUAUCUUCCGGUCCAGCGACUGGUGCUACAUCACAGUCGCCACCUGUCCCGCCAACGGGACAACAAUUUCCUUGGUAUCCCAAGACCCUCCUCAAACCACCUCCAACCUUCUCAGGAGACAAGAAGGAUGAGGCUCUCGACACGUGGUUGAGAACGGUUCCAGUGUGGGUGAGGGCAAAGAGGACAUUGUUAGAAGAGGAAGUGACAACUGCUGCAUCCUACUUAGAGGGUUCAGCAACUCGCUGGCUAAAUGGAUUGGUAGCUUCAAAGGGGUUCGACAGGAACAUGGGGUUCAAAAGGUUAAUUGUUCCAUCUAUAUUUUUAGGUGAGUGCCACGACCCAACGGGACAUUUCGGCUACACGAAGACUCGUGCUAACUUAGUACAGCGAUUUUGGUGGCCUAACAUGCUGGACGAUGCAAAGAAGUACGUACAAACCUAUCAGGUCUGUCACCGGGAUAAGCCGCGGACUCGAGCUCCGCUUGGGCUACUGAAGCCUCUACCCAUUCCUGCUGGCCCAGGGCAGAGUAUCUCCAUGGACGCCAUGGAUACUCUCGUGACCAGCAAGAAUGGCAAGAGGCACAUCUUCGUCAUACUUGAUAGGUUCACUAAGUAUGCUAGACUAAUUGCCAUGCUGGAGACCGCCAGGACUGAACAUGUCAUCAAGUUAUUCAUGGAUAACUGGGUGCGUGAUUUUGGACUGCCAAAGACAAUCGUUAGUGAUAGAGAUGUGCGAUUCACAAGCGAGAUGUGGAAGAAGGCCGCUGAACAAAUGGGCAGCCAACUGCAGAUGACUUCUGGGAAUCAUCCCGAAGCAAAUGGGCAGGCUGAACAGAUGAACCGUGUGGUGCAGCAUCUGCUGAGGUAUUACAUUAAGCCCAGCCAGGACGGGUGGGAUGAGAAAUUACCUCUCAUCGCCAGUCUGUACAACAAUGCUGUACACAGCACCACCGGUGUCAGUCCUAAUCAACUGCAUCUGGGAUGGAAGCCUAGAUCUGCUCUAGACUUCCUCCUGCCUGAAAACCGAACCGCUGCAACUCCUGGAACCAUUGAAUGUGGUGUCCAGUAUGAGAAACUGUUGCAGCAGACUGUCGAACACAUCAGGAAAUCUCAGGAAGCCAUGAUUGCUUAUGAGAACAAGCGUCGCCGACAGUCCACAUUUCAGGUAGGGGAACGUGUCUGGGUCAAGGCUAGUGGGUGCAAGGUCUUCUCCAUGAUCGACCUCAAGUUUGGCUAUCACCAGAUUGAAGUCGAUCCUGCGGACCAGCAUAAGACUGCGUUCAAAACACGCGAUGGGCUUUACGAGUUUACUGUAAUGCCCUUAGGUCUCACGAACGCACCGACCACCUUUCAAAGCCUCAUGUAUAAGGUCCUCCACGAACAGAUUGGUCGGUUCGUGGUGGAAUACCUUGAUGAUAUAUUAAUCUUUAGAAAAACCAUGGAGGAAGACAUAAAGCACCUUGAGGAAGUGUUCACCAUCCUCAAGAAGACGCAACUCCAUCUCAACUUAAAGAAAUCUGAGUUUGGGAGGGAUAGCGUCAUCUAUCUUGGGCAUCGGUUGUCUGCUGCAAGCCUAGAACCUAAGGCAACCAAGGUUGAGGUCAUACGCAAUUGGCCUCAACCCGCGAACAUCCGCGAACUGUGCUCUUUCCUUGGUCUCGCGUCGUACUAUCGGAAGUUUGUGCCCCGCUUCUCUAUUGUUGCACGCCCGUUGUCCCGGUUAACAAGUAAGAACGUUCCUUACGCUUGGGAUACCGCAUGCAAGGGCGCCUUUCAAGCUUUGAAAGAAGCUCUGAGAAGUUACCCCGUACUCCGCAUUGCAGAUUCCAAACUGACAUUCGUAGUUACUACGGAUGCGAGCCAGUAUGGAAUUGGCGCAAUGCUGCAGCAAGAUGACGGCGAUGGCCUACAACCGCUCAAAUACUACAGCAAACGCAUGUCCAACAAAAAGGUAGCCACUUCCACCUACAUGCGUGAGCUCUAUGCUUUGCGUAUGGCUUUGGACCAUUGGAAACACUAUCUUUUGGGACGCCACUUCAAAGUGUUCUCAGAUCAUGAGACUCUGAAGUGGAUCAAAGAACAAACUACCCUGUCCCCUACCUUACUCCGCUGGUUCCAUGAAAUUGACAUUUUCGACUUUGAGUUAAGGCACAAAAAGGACCGUUAUAAUCGAGUUGCUGAUGCGUUGUCUCGCCAGUCUGAGUACAUGACUUGCAUUGUGAAUUCCUACGACCUCCGGAAGAAACUGAAGGAGGAGCUCGUAGAGCACAUUGCCAAGGAUCCGGACCUUAGUCCCAUCCUUGAGCAGCUGCGGGCUGAUCCCAGCAGUCAGCCUGAUUUUCACGAGUAUGGAGGACUGGUUUUCUGUUGCUACGAGAACCACGACGAUUGCGUGUGCCCAACCAUGAGCCUCUUCGCACGCACUUUCUGGACUUGGCUCAUGGCCGAAGUGGACACUGACAUGGCAAAGACAUAUGGAAACCUAUUGAGACAGUUUGAUUGGCUGGGCAUGAAGGGAUCUGCUGAAAAGUUUGUGGCUGAAUGUCAAGUCUGUCAACGAAUCAAACCAUGUAGACAAAAGCCAAUGGGGCUACUUACACCCCUUCAUAUUCCCGAUGGUCCCGGGGAGUCUGUUUCAAUCGACUUCACCGACACGGGAAAGGUAAGUAAGAACGGCUACUCACAAGUCAUGGUGAUUGUUGACCACUUCUCUAAAUUUCUUAAUCUGAUUCCUUUGCCAUCUCAUGCUCCAACUGAAUUGGUGAUCCGUGAGUUUAAACAAAAGUACAUUCUGCAGUUCGGAACCCCGAAAACUCUUGUGAGUGAUCGGGACCCGCGCGUCAUUAGUACUGAAUGGAAAGACUUCACGUCCCAACUCCUUGGCCUCAAGCUAUGCAUGACAUCUGGCCGACACCCCGAAGCCAACGGUUUGGCUGAAGAAAUCAACCUGACGGUGUUCCAACUUCUCCGCGCUUUAAUCAUUCCGGAUCAGGAAACAUGGGAUGAAGAGCUGUAUUCCGUCAAGGGGUUGCACAACUACUCCAUUCAUUCUGCCACCGGCAUGACACCAAACAGGCUGCAUUACGGUUGGCAGAUUCGUAAUCCGCUCUCCUACCUAUUCCCUGAGCAGCCUGCUGGUUUAACACCCGGCAGGCCUGGCUUCAGGGCCAAGUACGAUCGCUGGCUCAACGUUGCCAUUGCAGCAAUGACCAAGCGACAGCAUGCCAUGAUCCAUCGUGCAAACAAGAAGCGCCGACCUUCACAUAUCGAGGUGGGAAGUUAUGUCUGGGUCAAGAUGUCUGAGUUUUCAGAAGAAGAGGGAGUAUCACGUAAACUUUUCCCACUCUAUUAUGGUCCAUGGGAAGUUCUGGAUGUGAUUGGCGAAGAUAAAUUUGGCCCUUCAUACGUGGGUGCUGUGCCACCUCAUAUGCGCACAUAUCCCGUGUUUCAUGCAUCAAAACUGUAUCUCCACCGUGAUGCUAAGUCGUUCGAUUACCGUGAAGACAUGAUUCCUCGUGCAAUCAAAGGCGGACAUGAGAUAGACAGAAUUAAACAGCACGUAGGGAACGGACGCAACAGACAGUACCAGGUUCAUUUCAUGUACCACCCGUUGGAUGAUCUAUACUGGAUUUCCAAGCAGGAACUGCUGCGCAGUGCACCGCGAGUUGUUAAAGCCUACAGGCGACAAAUCGCCUCUAAUGAUGCACCUAAAAUCUCUGCCAAGCUCACUGCGACAGAGUAUUCUCGACAUCUCUUUGCCUUGUUUGCCUACGAUGCGUUUGUCGGGGACUCAGAAUGAGUUACUCGCUCGAAGGGACCUCGCUCUUGUUACAUGCACAAAUAUGCAAUGUACGUAAUAAACCGAGAAUC